CCUAGGGCGAGCUAUGGCCGUCAAUGUCCGUGUUGUGGAGGAAAUGGUCGCCAAGCUGAGGUCGGAUCGCCACAGGGAGCGCGAGGCCGGCCUCAAGCUGCUCAAGGAGUAUGUCAACAUGCGGGAUUUCUCGAGGCUGCUGGACGAGCAGACGGAAAGGCUCCAGCGCCAGGGCCAGAUUCCGCCAUCGACAUGGCCGGGUGUGGUGCAUGCCUUGUGCGAGGGCACUUCGUCAUACCUGAAAACGCCCAAGAAGAAGGCGCCCAGUUUCGAGUAUGCCAAGGUACUCAGGAGUCUGGUGAGGAGGGCUUGUGCCUCCGACAAGAGAGGGGUCCUGGUGCGCAAGCUCAGUCACCUGUACCAGCAUUUGGUGGAUACCGUCGUCACUGUUCCCAGCUUCCAAGCUGAUUACUGCGCUAUUGUGUCCGAUCUUCUUAGCGAGCACGAAUACCGCUUGCGCAUGAAGGAGGAAACAUAUGCAGAACUUGUCCAGUUCCUUCUGCAAACUCAGACGCAGCCGCACGACGAUGCCUUUCUGUCCAUCGUCAAAAAUCCACCAGGGGGUAUCCCUCCGUCUUUAAGGCCGGACGUCGCGGCCAAGCUCUCCAACAUCUUCCUGCACAUCAGUGAUAUCAAAGCGGGUCUGAAAAAGGCUCUAGAGGCAGUCACCAGCUUGUUGAGACAUGAUGGACCAAAUCUAGGCAGUCACUUACUUGAAAUUCAUUGCGGUGCUAAGAAAUGCCUUUUCCGGUCAUGGGCUACAAUUACCGACACGGCUACCAAGGACUUGUUUGUUCUGUAUCUGAGGAUGCAACUGAAACUAAGCAGCAUUGUGAGGGACGACGAAACCGAUCACCUCGAGGAAUUGUUUGACUUCGUGGUUAAGGAACUGGACGGGAAGUGUUGGGACACCAAGGCUGUACCACUUGCGAGCUCGACACACUCGUUUCUAAUGCUUGCUGCCCAAGUCAUUUUUGAGUUCCUCGGCAGGGACAGAGGUCAUGCUACCAACAGCUCUAAACGUAGAAAAAAGGAGAGCGUCACGGCGCUCAUCACAGACAGAAUACGUGAUUUGAAACCGUUGUGGGCUGGCGCCAUUUGCCUUCUGCUGAGGCACUAUGGUUCUAAGCUUCCGCAGCAGUUCUUAUCUGAUGUCUUUGCUUUGGUGCAGAGGUUGCCUAUUGAAGCGAUCAACGUCAUGUCCUUUGAAGUACCUUUAUGGCUUAUAAGAUGCGUCAACGAGAUUUGUGAUAUUGGGGACCAUGGAACCUGGCAGAACGCAAGCCUUUGGCAGUGUGUGUGGGAGGCGACAAUCAAAUGGAUAUUGUUGAUGAGCACCGUGUUGGUUCUUGUGGACGAGGCUUUGAAGCUACUGAGCAACAUAUUGCUUAUGAAUAACUCGCCUGCUUUUGUUGCUCCGAACGAAAUUUGGGAGCUCCACGUAUUCAGAGAUCAACCAACAAGAAGUGCUCUCUUUUUUGUUUCUGUGUUGUUUUCGACUGCUCCCUGUCAGGACUUUGUUCUUCGAAAAUCUCUUCUUGUUUGGGCUCUGAAGGCAUUGAAGUUUCAGGCCGGAUCUUCGGAAUGCCAGGUACCCCUCAAGCUUAUAAGCUGGACGCUCCUUUCUCUCUCGGUUGGUGCGCUGGAAUUUCAAGUAAAGGAUGCCGCUACUUUCUUACAGAGCUGGUCGGAGCAAACGGAACAAGGCAAGGUUCUAGAAGCGGAGUUGCGUGAACUUGACCUUGCAGACGAAGUUUUAGCCAACUGUGGAGUUGAAGGAUUGUCCGCAAUCAACGUUGAUUGCCAACGAAACAGUUUAGUGAGUCUUUCUCAAAGCGACGAUUUACUUCAAAUCCUUGGUGAAGGUAUUUUGCAACUUAUUCAAGAAGUAAAAUGCCAGCGACUGGAAUCUCUCCUUCGGGUGGCCGUACUUGUGUCCUACUGUUUUGUGGGAGUCGAGGUUUCAAGGAAAACGAGAGGUCACACAGUCCUUCUUUGGAGUCGCGAUGGAGAAAUCUUUACCUCGCCUGCAGUUCUUAUGGGGUGCUGCAUUUUGCGACUGGAAAGUGUUGGAGAAACUGGGGAGGCAUCUAGACAACUCACAGUGAAAUCACUUCUUGCAUUAGAUGAGCUUGUUUCUGCAGAAAGCGCCGGCCAGACAAAGCUUGUUUCCCGGUGCUCCUUUGAAGGAUUAUUGAAAGUCUUGCGGAGUUUAUUAGAGGACGGCAGAGUAUGUGAGUCCACAACUUCUAAUUCUGUACUGAACGAUGCGGAGCUGGAUGCACCUAAACGAGAAAAGUGGAAAGUCAUAUGCAUAUCCAUGAUUUGCAGCCUCGGCCGCCAAAUUCCAGAGGCUGCGUUUCAUAUUUUGCGAGAUCUACUGCUUGCUUCAGAGGACUUUAAGGUUCGUGAAAAGCUCAUAUUUUCUAUGUGCAGUAGUUUUACGAUUCCUGAGAUGCUACCGAGACUUGAGGAACUGGUCGAAGAAUUGCUGAAUUCCCUACAAAAAGGUCAAGUUUGUGAUUCUACGUGUUUCAAUACUCUGGCUGCUUCUCAACUGCUUCUGUCAAAGUUGAAAGCCGAGAAAGAUAAAGCCAAACUGGCACAGAUACUUCCAAGGUUUCAAAAGAUUAUAGAAUACGUUUCGAAGGUGAAUGCUCUACAAUAUACAACGCGUUUGAAAAUUGGCGAAGCUGUUGCAGACUUGAUGAUACUGGAUGCGACCCUUGCCCAGGAUUUAAUGUUUUUGGAACUUCUGCAAGAUCCUGACUUUCGUGUCAGGGCCGGUCAUGCUAGCCGAAUACAUAUCUUGUUUGAGACGUGGAGCGGACAUCCCCAACUUCUACAGGACGUCCAAGCUAGUCUUGGAGUGAAACUAUCAACUUCUCAUCUAGGUGAUACAACGGAAGCUCUUCUGUAUAAAACGGCAAUAAUAGCUAUCGGUGAAGUAGCAGCUGCAAGCGAACAAGUGGAAGCUGAUGCUGUGUGCAUUAUUCUUGCCCAAGCUGCUCUACAGCCCAUGCAUAGGAGUUUAGUCGUUGCAGUGCUUAAUAAAAUUGCCAAACAACUGGGCUAUACAGACAGAUUUAAGUUCUUCAAGCAGCUGCUCAGAUCGAUAUUGGACUGCUGGGUUGCCGCUUCAUUUCAUAUAAGUGAACUCCUGAAGGUGAGCGACAUACUUAUCCAACCUUCAAAUGCGUCCGGGUUCCUUGAGUAUUGUCUUCCGUUCAUACUACCUUCUUCGUUCCUACAUGGACAACAUGCCGAAAUUCAGCAGAUAGCACAGGAGAGAACAAUGUCUGUCAGUUCAUUGGUCGAGGAGAACUUUGCCUCUAUUUUUGCCUUCCUUGCCGCUCUGGAUUGGGGUGGAUAUGAUAAAGCCUCGUUGGUUCUUCAAAGCCCUCUAUUUGAAACUCAAAUUCAGCGGGAGAAGCUUAUAAAACAACACGUGUUUUCUAUUGCAAAAAAUAUCAUUCUGCUAGUGAAGGCGGACGCUGUGUUGCCAUCAGUUUCGAAGGAUGCAGCCAUGGCUGCCGUAAGGGCAGUUGCGAAGGGGUUAUUUGAAGAUAGUAGACGCCAAGAAGUGAAGGAGCUCGUAUUCCAGAUUUUGCUAGAAAUUCACAAGGAGGCUUCCAGUUCUUCUCACUGGCGCCACACACGGCACUCUCUGGAAAAACUGGACGCAUUCUUGAACGUUAUCGAGGACGGAAUUGUGAUUCCGAGCACAUUCCGGUACAUGAUGCACAUAAUUUUGCAAUCAAUUGAAAUGGUUGACUUGCAACCGAAGUGCUGUUUAUUGAUAAAUGCAAUGAUUGAUAAACUGGAGCGCAAACCGCAGUCGUCUAUGUGGAUUCUGGGAGAGCAUCUACAGGCUCUUGUUUCUGGACUGGUGUCAUGUACUUUUAACGGUGAUCUAUUGUGCUCAUCUGUGCUUCAGCUACUUCAUCGCGUGACUCUGAAAGGCGAAUCAUCUUUAUCCCCCUAUGUGAAGGAACUUAACCAACUUCCAGACUUUCCUUGCUUCAACACGAUAAGAGAAUUCCAAGCUCAAUUGCGUUCUGCCGAUGCAUUUUCAAAAGAGUUUGUAAAGUUUGUGCAGAAGGCUCCUUCUCUUCCCUCUCAAUUACGACUAUGGAGUCUUCGAAGCUUUUGCAACCAAUUGCGAGAUGCACCGGAAUCUCGGAGUCUCUUCACUUCUGAUGAAUUAGUGAUUGCCGUUUGGGAACUUGUUCUCUCAUGCAAUGACGAUCAUGAUUAUGACAUCAAGAAUCUGACUGCAGAGCUUCUAGCUGCGGUUGGAAUUGGAAAUUGUGAAGCGGUGGUUUUUCAUUUGCCAGACGCUAACAGAAAUUUCUUGCGUCCCUCAUAUCGUUCAAAAACUAUCGACGUGGCUGGGCCGUCUGAGGAUAUUUUGGAAGUAGUACUGACCCAGCUGUGCAGCUAUUUACUAGAUAAAGAUGUUUUUAUAAUUGAUCUGGCGUAUCAAACAGCAAAGGGCUUGUUGGCAACCAAAAAUGGUUAUGACGUUUUAAAUAGACUCAAUGAACAAGAGCGAGCGUACUUGGAGACGCAUACCGAUGGUCCUAACAAAAUGUUGGUGAACCUAGUUCUUGGGUGUAAUGCUUCAAAAUCUGGGAAGCUUGAAGAUUCAUCAGUUUGGAGCACUAGCGACAAAAGUUACGAGACUUGGAUUUGUUCGUUGGUUCAUGCCUUGAUAAGCUACACCGAAGAUACACUUUUAAGGCUUUGUCAGAGUCUGGUUGAGGUUAAGGCUGCACUAGCUGAGUUUCUGCUCCCUUAUGCGCUUGGGUCUUUGGCUAAAGUGAUCCCAAUUCAUUCUGCUCUGUACACUACUAUUGUCACACAUGUUCAAGACCAUAUCUUUUCCGAUGUCAACAAAAAUACAAGGUCGAUGCAAGUUUUUCUCGAAGCUUUUAAUAGUCUACGAGCUUGUCACGUAAAGGCAGCAGCCAAAGGCUUGUCGCAAGGAACAAAUACCCUGGAGCCUCUAAAGUGGCCUAAGGUUUAUUGGCUGGAUGUGGAUUACCUUCUUACGGCCAAGACGGCACAGAAAUGUGCGGCGUAUUUCACUUCUGUUCUCUAUGUUGAACAUUGGUGUGAAGAAAAUUUCGGAAAGGCUGUGCUGGGAGAACGAGAACUUUCGGGAGAUGAGGACGAGCUACCCGAACAUCUGGAACGUCUUCUGUCUGUGUAUACGAAGGUGAAUGAACCAGACAGCAUCUAUGGCAUAAUUUACACUCACAAUCCCAUAUCACAAGUCAGGCUGUACGAGCAUGAAGGCAACUGGGGAAAGGCUUUGGAAACAUAUGAUUUGCUGCUAAGUAGCUCAAAUAACACUGACGUCCUAAAGGGUUACUACAAAGGUGUUGUACGGGCACUGCAACACUCAGGAUGCUCUCAGGUGAGGGACGUUUACAGCACAGGUCUUAGAAACAUCAAGAUGGAACUAUUAAACGACAAGGAGUUCAAAGAAUUACAGUACGAAGGUGCCUGGAAGUCUGGAAAGUGGGACCUGAGUUUCGAUAUGAACCCCGCCGGUGAUGAUUCUCUUAAGCUGGGCUUUCAUGGAAAUUUACUCAGCUCCUUUCAAUGUCUCGUUGAAGGAGAUUUCAGCAGAUUUGACACUUCUGUCAAACGGAUGAAAGAGGACACUGUUUCUCAUGUUGCGCACACCAGCCUUGAAAGCACUCAAAAUGUUUAUCCAUCUAUCGUCAAACUCCAGAUUGUUGAUUGUCUCCCAUUCGCUUGGAGUCUCCGCUGGCCAUCAUUGGGAUCUAGUGGACCUAGUACCCCUCCUGACAGCGAGAUACAAAUGCUAUUUACGAGGUGGAAAGGUAUUACGAAACAAACGACGGGAAACUACAACCUCUUGGAACCAUUUGGGAGCUUUAUGAGAGUACUUCUUCGGGUUCUUCAGCGGGAGGACUGUCUUCCUUGUUACCUUGUUGAAUACGCAGCACUUGCCAGAAAGGCUGGAAGACUCAAUCAAGCAGCAGGUGCAAUUCAAGAGCUCAAAGGCCUUUGUCAAGGAGACAAUAAGCGCAGCGAGGUUCUAAGAGCCGGACGGAUUGAAGAAGCUAAAGUCCUAUGGGCGCAAGGUCAGCGUGAAUUGGCAGUAAGUCUUGUGAAGUACUUGUUAACGUAUAUUGGUUCGACGGACUCCAUGGCUUUGUAUUGUCUUGCUGGAAAGUGGCUUGCACAAACAAGAUCCGCAAGCUCUCGUGUAAUCCUUGAGUCUUAUCUCGAGAAAGCUGUCAUCAUUGCUGAGACUAGAUCUACGAGUUCUGGUAGUAGCGAUUUCAUGAAACGGAGAAGUAAAACACAUUUCCACCUGGCCCAUUUUGCUAAUGCUCUUCAUCGAAGUUAUGAAGAUCGACUUGGCUCUACCGAGUGGCAAACUGAAUUACAGCUGAGAAAUAUGAAGAUGAAGGAGUAUGAGGCACUGGUGAGAAAAGCCAAAGAAUCCAAAGAUGAUACGCAUGGUUACUCUCUUAAGGCGCUGGAAGUUCAGAAGGAGCUUAAACUGGAAAGUGUAGAGUGGACCAAGAUGCAUGGCGACAUGGCACGUGUGCUUAGAACUUGCCUCAAGUCCUACCGGAGUUGCUUACUCUCAAGUGACAAGUAUGAUAUGAGAGUGGUCUUUCGGUUGGUUUCUCUUUGGUUUGGGAACGUCGAGAACAAAACUGUUAUAAAUGACAUGAUCGAGACUGUGCAUAAGGUACCGUCGUUUAAGUUCCUUCCGCUGGUUUAUCAAAUAGCAUCCAGAAUGGGUGCUAUAAAAACGGCAAACGAUUUUCAGUUUGCUGUGGCCUCACUUGUGAAGAAGAUGGCGAUUGAGCAUCCGUACCACUCACUCUACCAGUUACUGGCGCUGGCCAAUGGGGAUCGAAUCAAGGAAAACCAGAAGAGGAAAAACGCUUUCGUUAUUGACUUAGAGAAAAAACGUGCAGCAGAGGAGCUACUGAAGGAGCUAACUAAUCGCCAUUCCAAUUUGAUCAUGCAGGUGCGAGAUAUGGUUGAGGUGUAUAUCAAACUGGCCGAGCUGGAGGUCUCACAGCAAGACUGCCUUAAGCCAGUACCCUAUCCAAGGGAUAUUCGUAGUGUGCGACGACUUAAUCUGGUCCCCGUUUUGACUGCGAACAUUUCAGUAGAUCGCAAUUGUGACUACUCUGGUCAAAAUCUCCCAUAUUUCGAUGGAUUCGAGGGAAGCAUUACUGUAAUGAGAGGCGUUAAUGUUCCAAAAGUUGUGCUGUGCCGCGGAUCGGACGGCCAAAAGUAUCGCCAGUUAGCCAAAUCUGGGGGUGAUGAUCUCCGUCAAGAUGCGGUGAUGGAGCAACUUUUUGGUCUUGUCAACACACUCUUAAAGGAUCAUGCAGAAACUCGUAUCAGAUGUCUUCAAAUACGAACAUACAAGGUUGUUCCGUUCACUCCGAGUGCUGGUGCUCUGGAAUGGGUGAAUGGGACCAUUCCACUCGGACAGUAUUUGCUGGGAAGUUCCAAAGUACCAGGAGCACACACUCGCUACGGCGUUGGAGAUUGGACGUUUGCGGAGUGCCGAGAGCAUAUAGUCAAGGAAUCCAACAAAAGCGCGGCCUUCCAGACCGUGUGCAAAAACUUUAGGCCUGUUUUCCGCUACUUCUUCCGAGAGAACUUCUUUCGAGCCGCAGACUGGUUUGAAAAGCGGCUGAACUAUACGCGAAGUGUGGCAGCUUCUUCAAUGGUUGGCUACGUUGUGGGACUGGGAGACCGCCAUUCGAUGAACAUUUUGAUUGAUCAGGCUAAUGCUGAUGUCGUCCAUAUCGAUCUAGGGGUGGCGUUUGACCAAGGAUUGAUGCUUAAGACACCAGAAACGAUUCCGUUUAGACUCACACGGGACGUUAUCGAUGGCAUGGGUGUCACGGGUGUGGAGGGAGUGUUCAGGAGAUGUUGUGAAGCGACGCUUUCCGUCUUGCGAGCGAACAAGGAAGCGUUGCUCACCAUUAUCGAGGUGUUCAUACACGAUCCUUUGUACAGAUGGGCCUUAUCACCCCUCAAGGCGCUGCAGAGACAAGAGGGAGCCGAGUAUGCGGAUGUGGAGGACCCUGAUAAAGUGGAGGGAAACAAAGAUGCGACUCGGGCACUAAUGCGCGUUAAGCAAAAGCUUGAUGGCUAUCGUGAUGGCGAGAACCGUACAGUCGAGGGUCAGGUCCAGCAGCUGGUCCAAGAUGCACAAGAUCCAGAGAACCUGUGCCUUUUGUUUCCUGGUUGGGCCGCUUGGCUGUGAUGCUGCAAGCUUCUUUCACAGAUGCAAGGUGCUGUGUUUGAAGCUGUACGAGGUUCAGCUGUUUGAGAAAACUAGACAGGCAGCUUGGCGAUGUAUUCUGGCAGUCCCAUUUGCUCCAGAGGA